AUGAUUACCCACAAUUUAGACGAAGGAAAAUUAGUUGAAACAGUUGAUAUGGAUACUCCUAUUGUAUUUGAAUCAUAUGGUGAAUUUAAUUAUGAAGCUGUUUAUAUAUUAGCUCCAAAAUAUAAUUUUGCAUAUAUUAAAAAGCAAACAUUGAAAUCAUUCAUUGCACAAGGAGGUAAUGUAUUUAUGGCAUAUUCUCCUGUUUAUACCAAAGAAACUAAAUCAUUCCUUGAAUUAUUUAAAGUAAAAUUAUCACCAUCAACUGAUAUUAUUGAAAAGGAUAUACCAACUCUUUCUAAUUCUCUUUUCCCAAUAACUACUGUUUAUUAUCGUGGAAUUAGUUUUACAUUACCUGAUUCAAAUGCAUUUGUACCAUUAUUAAAGUCAACACCAAAUAAGAUUCUUUCUUUUACAUUUCAAAGUUUGACAAAUGGAAGACUAGCAAUACUUGGAAGUAUUGACAUGUUAAAUAAUACUUAUUUUGAGAAAAAUAAACAAUUUAUUCAACCCCUUCUUCAAUGGUCAAUGAAAACACAUGGUAAAUUAGAACUUAAAAAUAUUCAAAUUAUUAAAAUUGAUGGUGUACCUGAUAUUGAAAAUGAAGGUAUGUUUUUCACUAAUGACACUGUUACUGUUUCAUUUGAUAUUGAACAAACAAUGAAUGGAAUUGUUAGUGGAUAUAUUGCAGAUGAUGUUCAGGUUGAAUAUCGAUAUGUCACUCCUGUUAUUUUAGAUUUUGCACAAAAUUUAAAGAAUGGUUCAUAUUCAUUCACUACUGUUCUUCCAGAUCAAUUUGGU